GACCCCAGUCCGCAGCACCUUCCUGGUCGCGAGAACCUGAACUGCCUCCAUUCUGUAAAGACAGCCGAGUAAACUCUCAAAGAUGGCUGUCGCAAAUUCGACGUGGACAUUUCCGAUUGGCCGUUGAGAAACCAUAACUACUCUCACGGGACCUGGCGUACAGUGACACUGUCACUGAGUGCCAACGUCACAGAGGAUGACACGGAUGUGACGCUAUCUGGUGAGACAGAGGUGAAAGUUAGCAAGAAUCAACUGUUCCUCAAGUUUCUCAGCAAAGACGAAUUCAAGCCGUUCUUGACUUAUAAUGCUGAGGUCAGUGCAACAUCUUUGAAUGGACAGCCAGCUGCUGGUGUCAGGAUCCGACUGACGGUCAUCUUCUCUGAAACAGAUCAGCUGGUUAAGACUGUGGUUACGGGCAGUGAUGGAGUAGCAAGGCUUCCUAUUGACCUUCAGCUAGUAAAGAAACAGCUCAGUCUGAAGGCGGAGUCACUGGACCAUGAUGCUGUGGACUACAUCCGUGAUUCGCCAGAGCAGCGCUACUCGAAAAUCAUGCUCACCAAGCCGCAUGCAACGAUAUAUCUUAGCAGCUGGAUUUCCGCAAGCAGCCACUACCUGCAGAUAGAGAGCGAUGUGAACACACUGCGAUGCCGCGAGAAGGGAGAGGUCCGGGUCAGGUACACGGUUGACGGACCAGGAUCCAGGCAGUUUUACUAUAAGAUUGUUGUAUCGAAUCACAUCGUAGACGUGGGAAGCAUAGAGCAACAGCUAACUGAGGAGGAAUACCAGCAGCUUCCCUCCACGGACUCAGCAAAGCCAGUGGCAAGCUUCAACCUUCAGUUUGACGUGACACCGGAGAUGGCGCCACUGCUGCACGUGCUCGUAUAUCACGUGGUGAACUACAACGGAACCAAAGAGGUCAUUGCCGACACGAAGAAGAUCAAUGUGGAGAAGUGCUUUCCACAGAAGGUGACAAUGCAAUUCGCAGCACAGCAGCAACUUCCCGGCGCCGCAGAAAAGCUGACAAUACGUGGCAGCCCCAACUCUCUAUGCGCAGUCGGAGUCGUCGACAAAAGUGUCACGUUGCUAGGUGACAGCACUAGCAUCACAGCCGAUAAGAUCUUUGCGAAGGUCAUCCCGGCAACCAAUCGCCGUCGGUCGUACAUCAGAGCUUGGGAAUACUGUGCCAGCAAGUAUGGCCCUCCUAAUGGUCCUGAGGAGAUACCGCCACCACCUAUUCCAGGCCUCCAGGGUCCUCCCGGUCCCCCAGGCCCGGUGGCUUUCCCGGCCAUCGUGGAACCCGUGAUUAGGACUAGUCGCCAUUCCUUGUACUGGACAUUCACCAACAAUGUCGACUCGAGGCUCGCGUUCCAAAAUCUUGGCUUGACUGUGAUGUCGGAUAUGGAGGUGGAUGCGCGGCCUUGCGUGAGCAGGGAGAGGCGAUGGAGAUACUACAUGAGAACAGGCAAUAAGAAACGGAAUCGGGCAGGUUCGCGUGGCCCUGGCAGUGCCGGUGGUAUUCAACCGAUGCCAAUGGCUGCUCCCGGACCGGAAGUCGUAACCAUGGAAGUGGAUUAUGAUAAUGAUGGGGGUCCUGAGGAGAGCUCCACCACUGCUGCUGAGCAAGACAUAAGAACAUACUUCCCAGAGACGUGGUUGUGGGAUCUGUACAGAUUGGACCACUCCGGUCAAGUGGACGUACACACGGAGGUGCCGGACACGAUCACGGACUGGGUGGGCGGCGGCUAUUGCACGAGCGUGGAUGCAGGGUUCGGUGUUUCCCCACCGCUCUCUCUGCGCGCCUUCCAGCCGUUCUUCAUCUCCUACACGCUGCCCUACUCCGCCGUGCGCAAUGAACGCAUCCCUCUGAUCGUCUCCGUCUUCAACUAUCUCUCCGACUCUCUCACGAUUGAGCUUACCCUUGAGGACUCGGAUGCGUUUGAGGUGUUCAGCGACAAGCAGGUGGCGCUGUGUGCCAGCGGCGGAACUGCGACCACGCACCGGUACAUGAUCAGACCGCAGCUGCUGGGAGAAGUCAACGUCACCGUGCACGCUCUAUCGCUCCCGACGACAAACCUCAUCUGCGGCAACGAGGUCGCCAUGAGCGAGACGGGAGCGGGCGUCCGUGACGCGAUCACGCAGCGCCUCCUGGUGGAGGCGGAGGGAGUCGAGAAGGCAUACUCGGUCAGCAUGUUCGCUUGUCCGCACCGCGAGAGCGGAGGCGUCUUCACCGACGUCAUGGAUCUCGCUCUACCCUCCGAAGACCUAGUCCCAGACUCGGGCCGCGCGACCGUGUCGGUCAUUGGCGACGUCAUGGGGUCCGCGCUGCAGAACCUGGACGCGCUGCUGACCAUGCCGUACGGCUGCGGCGAGCAGAACAUGAUCACCUUCGCUCCGGACAUCUACAUCAUGCAGUACCUGACGGCCACCGGUCAAGCGACGGACGCAAUCAGCAAGAAGGCCCUCACCUACAUGCGAGCCGGCUACCAGAGGGAGCUGACGUACCGGCACGAUGAUGGAGCGUACAGUGCGUUCGGUAACCGUGACAAGGAGGGCAGCAUGUGGCUGACGGCGUUUGUCGUUCGCAGCUUCGCUGAGGCCCGGCCGUUCAUCUUCAUUGACGACGCGCAGAUCGCGGCGAGCGUCGAGUGGAUCGCGCGUCGCCAGGGCGAGGACGGCUGCUUCCCUGUCGUGGGGACGUUGCAUCACAAGGGCAUGAAGGGUGGCGUCGGCGAUGCGAGAACAAAGGCAACGCUCACCGCGUACGUGGCGACGUCGCUGAUCGCCGCGACGAUGCCGGCUGUGCAGGAGCCGAUCGCGGCAGCGCUGAGCUGCAUCGAGCGUGAGAGCUUCAGUGAUGCCUACACGCUCGCGCUGGUCGCAUACAUGUACGCUCGCCACGGAGACAGUGCCAGGAGCGGCGAAUACCUAGCCAGGUUGAUGGAUCUUGCAAUAGAAGACACCUCACUGAAAACACUACACUGGGAGAAGCCAAAUGCAGAAGUCGUUGACACAUCAUUGCACUGGAACCGUCAGGCGGAGAAGAAGGCGAUCAACCCACGGAAUGACGCGUACGCAUCUGCUGACGAUGACGCUGCUGACCGAUGGCGGUGAUCUAACGCGCCAGCUGUCCAUCAUGCGCUGGCUCACCCAGCAGCAGGACUCGCGCGGCGCAUUCGCAUCCACACAGACAUCCGUGAUCAGGUACUGCAGCACUCUCACAAUUCGCCAGCCUCUCCCACGGCUCAGGCGGCGUUAGGACCGACGUCACAAUCGCAG